AUGGCGGCGGAGCUGCGGUACAUGAAAAGCCUUUGUUUCGGCCCCCCACCUGGCAAGGUUCGCCGGAUCGCUCCCAGAAACGUUCUGGCUUCAGUUCCCAGUUUUUUUCUCUCUUCCAUUCCAAAAUCAUUUCCUGAACAAUUCUCCCCAAAUCCUGUUCACUUCUUUGGUUGGGGGGUUGACGGGUUCUUUGUUGCUAAUGAGUCAGGGGAUGAUCCAAGAUCUGGAGUGCGCCAUGAGGACAAAGGAGCAUGGUUGCGGUCUUGUAUAUCAAGGUUAAAACCUAAAAUAGCAUUCAAUAGCCAUACUCGUGCAAACCAUCCAGUAUGGGGAUUGGGGAGGAGAAUGUUUCUAGAUAAUCCAUUGAAUAUCAAAGUUCAAAUGCUGAGCUACUUGCCUAAAUGUUACAUCAUGGAUGCUGUUGCUAUGCUAUUAUCAAGUGAGCACGUCAGGGCAAAUAAGUUAUAUUCUGCCUUUGUUAUGACUCCUACUUUUCAAGGAUAUUUGUAUGCUUACCCUGCGCCUGCAUUCUGCCAUUGUUAUUACCGUUCAAGGAUAUUUGCUGUCCCUACCCUAUCCUUUUACGAGCCACAGUGA